AUGGCAGUCCCAGAACAAUAUAGUUCCAGACAGUUCGAGCGAAAGAAAACAAAUUUCAAAGGUAUCAAACAGGUCUUAAACGCGGAAUCUCAAGUUAGCUAUUCACCAGAUGCUGUUCUUUACAAUCAUCUGAAUGCACCACCAUGCAUUUGUCCACCUAUGAAAGUUUCUGAUUUAAGUGGGAUACCAACCGCUUAUACAGACCCAUUGACAAAACUAAAUUAUGCAACUUGUUCCGAGUUUAAAAGAAUGCGUUAUUUGCCUCAGCAUAUCGUUAAUGGGUACCUGGCUUUGAGAGGAGUAUCUAAUAUUUGA